GGCCGUCCUGGCCGUCCGCGCCCCGGGCGCAGUGUCCGCGUCCGCUUCCUCCGCGCCUUAGAAGCAGCUGUUGACUGUGUAGCAGUGUAGUGACAGGCGGCCGCCCAGGCCCUGGCCGAAAUAUUUCUCCACUGAUCGGAUACUCAGUCUGCACGGUAGAUGCAGCUGGCCUAGGAUGAGCUGCAGGACGGCGCCCUCCACCGCCUGCCGCAAGGCCUGCCGCUCCGAGGACCGCCUUGCCGUCAGCGCCGUCCACGCCGUCAGCGCCGUCCCGCGACGGGCCAACCCGAUGAGGAUAUUCAGUGUGGCGUGGCCCAUCGUGCCGGCCGACUUGGAGCUGGCCAGCGCCUUGCCCCGGUGACCUCAGCAGGCGAGCAGCACCUCCCCGAGCAGGCCCCCGCAGCGCAGGCGUUGCGGUGUCCGAGUCCGGAGAGCGGCCUGAACGUCGACGACGUGUGGGUGUCCACGCGUGCCCCUUUCUUCACGACCAGAGGCUGUGAUAUCGACCGACCAUGUCCACCAAGACGUCCACCAUGUCGGCCAGCUCGUUCUGCCGGCGGAUCGCCGAGGACUUCAAGCACAAAGAGCUGCUGCCGCUCAAGAUGCUCUUCUUCGUGCACGCCUCCACGAUGCUGGUGCUGUACCCCUACCUGACGAUCCACAUGAGGGAGCUGGGCAUCAGCGUGGAGGAGACCGCCAUCAUGUCGGCCGUGACGCCCGUGGUGGCCAUCGUGAUGCCGCCAGUGGCGGGCGUCAUCGCGGACCGCAUCGGCAACUUCAAGCUCAUGUUGGCGCUCUUCUCCUCGCUGGGCGGGCUGGCCGCGCUGCUGCUGCUGGCCGUGCCCGUCGGCCGCUACAACGUCAAGUACUCGGACAGGGUCUACUUCUCCGUGGGCUGCCCAGGCAGCUCGCUGGAGGCCGUGUGGGCGGACCAGAACCCGUGCCGCGCCGUGCCCUGGGACGCGGACGGCGCCCCGGUCAACCUAACCCUGGACAGCUGCGGCGUGGUGUGCAGCGCUGACUUCCCCGACGCCACGCAGCUCAACCACAGCCUCCGCGCGGCAUCCAGGUUCUCCCUCCGCAUCUCCGACGACGGGGCGCACAGCGACACGUUCUCGUACAACCUGGCGACCCCGAGGCCGGCCAAGGCGUACACCGGGCACGGCGCGCCGGGGCCGCUAGACGCGCGGCUGCUGCCGGACCUCGGCGUCAUGGCCUCGCCCGCGGCGCCGCCCAGGGUGUACUUCCCGACGCCGGGGCUGCACACGCUGCGGUGCGAGGACAACGACGACAACGCCACCAUGCGGUGCCUGCUAGGGCGCGAGGGCGCCGUCGGCCACGGCAACCCCCAGCAGCAGCGCUACCGCGUGGCCAAGCUCGACCCACUGCCGUCCGUCGUCCGGGGCGCCCGGCCGGUGCCCGCCGUCUGCGGGGACACGUUCGCCAAGGCGGGCCGCUCCGCGUCCGUGUGGCUGGCCAGCCAGGAGCCCCAGUCCCCGGCCACCUCGCUCUCGCAAUGCGUGGCCAGCUGCUUGGCGUCGGCGCCGCGGAUCCGCUUCUGCAGCAACAUGCAGGACGUCGUCGAGGUGGACCCCAGCUUCACCUUCUGGAUGUACCUGAUCGUGCGCGUCUUCGUCGGCGUCAUCGGCGGCACGUCCUUCGCCAUGUUCGAGGGCGCGGUCAUCGCCAUCCUCCGCGAGCACAACGGUGACUACGGCCUGCAGCGCAUCUACGCCUCCAUCGGCGGCAUGAUCUCGUCCCCGCUGUCCGGGAUCCUGAUCGACUACGCCAGCGCCGGCAGGCACUACACGGACUUCAGGCCGGCCUUCUACCUGUACGCCGCGCUCAAGCUGGCCAGCGGCCUGCUCAUGCUGAGGAUCGACCUGCAAUUCAAGGCGCCCGCCAAGAACGUGGUGGGCGACGUGCUGCACGUACUCAAGAACGUCGAGAUGGUGGCCUUGUUCGUCGUCUGCUUCCUCCUCGGCACGGCGUGGGGCUACAUCGAGAACUUCCUGUUCUGGCUGCUGCAGGACCUGGGCGGCUCACGCUCCCUGAUGGGCAUCACGGUGACGGUGGGCGGCAUCGCCGGCAUCCCGCUGCUCGUGCUCAGCGGCCCCAUCAUCGAGCGCGUGGGCCACGCCAACGUGCUCUUCGUCGGCUUCGUCUUCUACGCCAUCCGCCUCUUCGGCUACUCGAUGAUCUACAACCCCUGGCUGUGCCUCGUGUUCGAGGCCAUGGAGUCCUUCACGUCGUCCCUCGCCACCACGGCGGCCGUCACCUACGCCGCCACGCUGUCCUCCUCGUCCACGGACACCAGCGUGCAGGGCCUCAUCGGCGGCCUCUACUACGGCGUCGGCAAAGGCGCCGGCUCGCUGAUCGGCGGCUACCUCAUGAAGGCCGUGGGCACGCGCAACACCUACCGGGUGUUCGCGGCGGGCUCGCUGGGCGCGGGCCUCGUGUACUUCAUGCUGAACCACUUCUACCUGCGCCACCUGAGCAAGGCCAACAAGGCCCGCAGGGAGGCCAAGGUGCACUCCGACAAGGACCACGAAGCCUGCGUUAUGUCGGAUAUCGCCAAAGACAAGUGCCUGUCCAAGGACGUGUCCAAGGACGCCCUGGACAAGCCCAACAACACUGUGAUACUCAACAACAAGGCGGCGUGCGCGGCGGCGGCGGCCGCAGCGGCGGCCACGGCCACGGACGCGGUGCAGCAGAAGAACAACCGGAACUCGGCGCUGCUGCAGCAGCAGCCGCCCGCGGCGGACGCCAACAAGCAGGGCACCGAGAAGGCGCCGCUGGCGCGCCUCGCCGCGCUCAGGGACUACUCCAGCUCGGGGGACACGUCGGCGCCGCGGCGGUUCAGCGCGCACCUGGCGACGCCCAGCGCGGCCGAGGGCGAGGACACUGUGCGGAGGCGCAAGUCCACGGACUGCGGACUCGGUGGCGGGCCCAAGGACCCCGUCGAAAAAUAAGUCAAAGACAGACAGAGAAAUACUCGUGACAAAAAAAGAAAAUGUAAGCUGUGUUAAUUUUUCUACUCAAGAUCUCGACCGUGAAUGCACACAGCCCCCGCGGUUUCCUGCAUGGAGGGCACUGCGCGGCACUGCGCGGCAGACCGACUCCCCGUCCGCUGCCCAUUCAAGCUUUGACUCGUACCGCGGUGCGCGCCCCGCCCCUCCCCCGCCCCCUUUUUCAUUACCCGACCGCACCGCUCUCCGGCGGGGCUAUUUGAAUUUCAGCAGGAAACUCUCGCGCGCGCGGGAAGGCUGCUGCUGCGCCGCGCGUGUGUUGGCGGCGAGGCCCGGCAGUCCGGCAAGCCAGCAGGCCCUCCAGGAGAGCACGGCAAAGUUUGCCAAUUUUAAUGUUGACAGGCCGUGGCGCCGUGCGGUGCCGCGGUCAGGCGAAGCAUGGCGAAGCGAAGCUAGUCCGGCAGAGUCCCUCCAUGUGUGCCAUUGGCCAGAGCGACGUCGUUCGUGUUGUUGUUGUUGUGUACGUGUUCGGAACAAAGUGAAAAUAAAGUGAGUGUGCUGUGUC